AUGCUCUCUUCAGUGGCUUUCCUCAGCAGCCCAUUACUCCUACCAUCCACAGAGUGGUCCGACUAUCGUCGUCUCAUCACCAUCGGUCUUGGUUUUUCCUUGCUGGGCGACUUUUUUCUUAUUCCUUCGCAGCGUGAAUUCCAUGGCUUGCACAGCAAAAACCCAACCGACAAGUCGGAAGGCAAAUCAGAACUGCAAGGAAAAGUAUCCAUAUCUUUCCAACUCGGCAUCGUCGCCUUCGCUGCGGCUCAUAUAGCCUACACUGUAGCCUUCCUGCAGGAUUACCGCGAGACCUCCUGGACGAUCUUUGCCGCCACGUUCGUAGGGACUCUGGUCGCUGGAAAAUGGUUGGGUGUCAUAUAUCCCCCGCCACGUUCCUCACUCCAGAGCAAUGCACUGGACCUCGACAUCACUCCGGAUAUGAAGCCAUUGGUUUCAGUUUAUGCGGUUAUCAUUGGUUCAAUGUUUGCUGCCGCUACUUCCACCUCCCCGUUGAUCGUUCCAACCGACUGGUUGCACUCGCGAGCCCUGGGAGCUGCUAUGUUUGUUGUAAGCGACCUUUUUGUGGCGAAGAAUGCCUUCGGGAGAUCUUCUGCGUCGAAGAGUCGUGGGUUGAUCGGGAUGUUUGUCGGUUAUGGACUUUAUUUCUGGGCACAAAUGGUCAUCGCUGGAACAGUGCCAGCAUAA